AUGGGGGUGGGAGGAGUCGACUACCGCCGGAUAGCCUUUGCUCCGGGUGGAAUCACUUUCGACUCGCCUUGCAGUCAGGGGACGUUGUGGCCAAACAGAGACCAGAAUGGGUCUCCCAUGACCCUUGGGCUCCUCUCCAUGGUGGGAGGCUUGCGUCGUUUUGCUGGCAAGCUGCUAGCAGCUCCUCACCCGCAUACACACACACCUCUCUAUCCUUCCAUCAUAAACGGGAGCCAGCAUUUCAUCUUUCAUGGUGAUUUCGAAACGAUGCCCACUCUCCUCCUUCUCCUCCUCCACCCCGAAAUUGGGUUUCUGUUUGACCCCGUACGUUGGCCUACCUUGGGGUUUGUAGAAUUCCUGGUUCAGAGGGUUGUCGACGCUGCGGGAGAGGUUUGA